AUGCUGACCAGAGUGAUAUUGCCAGCUGCCAAACAUGCAGGCAAGAGCUGGCUAACUGCAACUCUUCUCCCUAGUAUACCCUUUCGAAUUUGCAAUAGUAUUGCGUUGCUGCGAAUGUUAGAAGCUUGCUUGUUUGUCAUAGCUAACAUAGGAGCUUUGCUGAAUUUGAAAGAAGGACGGAAGAGGAGAAUUUCCUCCUCGGAGGGGCUGCACCGAAAUUAUUCCACCAUCAAUACCAGCGAACAGCAACAGGAGGAUGAGGCUGCUGUUACACCAAUCAUUUGCAGCGCUCCCGAAACUGAGGCAUUUCGGCAUUUUUAUCCGGUGAUUGAUGCCGAUUCAAUAUUUUUGUUACGACACCUACCGCCGCUUAGUGAUGAGAUGCGUUAUCGAUGUCCAGCGUUGCCACUUCGGACCCGCUCAACACCAGAAUUUUCCCUAGUCCUCGAUUUGGACGAGACACUGGUACAUUGCAGUUUAACCGAAUUACCCGAUGCUUCCUUAACAUUUCCGGUGAAUUUUCAGGAAAAUACCUACCAAGUUUAUGUCCGUGUACGGCCACAUUUGCAAGAAUUUUUGGAACGACUGUCGCGCUCAUUUGAAAUCAUCUUAUUCACAGCAAGUAAACGCGUUUAUGCUGACAAACUUUUGAAUCUACUCGAUCCUGGGAAACGAUUAAUACGUCAUCGACUCUUCCGAGAGCACUGUGUGUUCGUAUAUGGGAAUUAUAUCAAAGAUUUGACCAUUUUGGGUAGGGAUCUGUCAAAAACAAUAAUCAUUGACAAUUCCUUGCAGUCAUUUGCAUAUCAAAUCGAUAACGGUAUACCUAUCGAAAGUUGGUUUUUCCAACAGGACGAUCAGGAAUUAUUGAAACUAAUACCCUUUCUGGAACAAAUUACUAAUCAGAAAAACGAUGUGCGUCAUAUACUGAGAGCAAGGUAUCGAAUACGCGACCUGCUGCCUUCUCUCCCUUACUGUGAUAUAGUGUGA